AUGGAGAAGAUGAAGUGGGUCUCGGGGGAGAGGCCGAUGAAGGAUCCGACGACAAGGGACGGUCGUCUUCGACACCAUCAAGGUAUAAUUACAACGACGACGACGACAAACGAUCAGAAUCAAAGCUGCUUCGAGAAGGAUCUGAUGUACGGUGGAUUGUCGUGGCCGCAGAGGAACUACAGAUGCAGCUUCUGCAAGAAAGAGUUCAAAUCUGCACAAGCUCUUGGCGGUCACAUGAAUGUACACAGGAGGGAUAGGGCUAGGUUGAGACAGCUGUCACCCCCUCUUGUUAUUAACCCUAACCCUAGUUUCUCUCACCUCUCUUCUUCUGCUCCCCCUCCCACACCUCAUCAUCAACAUCAACAUGAAUUCUUGUUAUUACCGAACAUGCCCUCGUCUUCUAGUGCAACUAAUUCUUAUUAUUCGCCUUAUACGAAGAGUAACACGGUAGUCUGCAGAGGAGAUCAUGGCCGGGAAAACAAGAACAAAGGGGCAGCAGUGCUUGAGUUCAUGAACAAGGUGGAGGAUGCUAGGGUUUCGGAUAAUCGAAAUGAUUUUGUUAGGUUGGAUUUGAAGCUCGGCUUGUUUGAUCAAGAUAAUUUAAACCAUCAAGAUUUGGAUUUGGAUUUGGAGCUUAGGCUUGGCUCUUCUUAA